CAGGCUGUUGGUUACACAGCGCAGUCUAACGUCACUACUUUUUGCUAGCCCGAUAAACCUAGCUUUGUAGCCACGCCCACUCCCCUAUCAGAUGCCUGGACGAGCAAAUGUUCGUUUUUCAUUGUGUGGCGGGGCUGUCACUCACACUAAUGUCUGGCGAAUCAGUGACUUGUUUCCCAUUUUGACUGUUGAGAGGGAAGUGGGUGAGCAGCAGCUAGUGUGGAUGUUGAUGCGGGGCUGCUGCUGUACGUACGGGGUUGCUGCGGAGGGGAUCUGGGGCUGGAAGUGUUAAGGUUUUCACUAUUAAAAUAAUUGUGCUAUAAUACACAAUGUCUAUAGACUUUGAUAGUGGAGCAUUGCAGACUCAGCAUGAAGAGGAAGAUGAGUAUGAUAAAGAGGAUUAUGCCAGGGAGCAAGAGUUACAGCAGUUGUUAAUUGACCUUCCCCAUGACAUGCUGGAUGACAGUCUCUGCUCCUCUUCUUCGGAACAUAACUUCAGUGAUUGCAGUGACCAUGAGGUUUCUGAACAAAAUCGUCACUGGGACCCAGCAACCCACUGGGAAGAUGAAAGAAUACAGCAACACCAAAAUCAGUAUAAAAAUGGCUAUACAGAUGAAACAAAUCCUGCACAGUAUAUGGGCCAACAAAGUGUACCUCCAAGAAGCCAAGGAGUUGGAGACAAAAUGUCAAAUGGAUGGGGACCCCUUAAUGGUGACAAUGAAGAGAAUAUUUUUAACAAUAAAUACAACUGUCCUAAAGAGCAUGCUAAUGACGAAUCCAAUGUAGGAACCUUUCACACUGAAAGUCAGUAUGAGGAACUUGACCAUUGUUCAACAAGUGAACUCUAUCAUCUUCCAGAGGACUUUAAACCCUACACUAACGGUGGGCGUAACAUGGCUGACAGCUUUCCAGUUGCCAAGCAUGAUACAUUUCAGUUCACUGCCUCAGAAGGAAAUGGCCAUCAACCUGCAGAGACCACCCAAAUCAAGUACAAUCCAUACCAAUUAAAUGUUGCCCGGAAAGAAGUGGUUAACCAAGAUCCAGUAAGAAGGAAUGACAAUUACGAUGAUCUUCAACGAGAGUUCCUGGACACUGGAGAAUGUACUUCAAGCAAUAUGCAAUUUGUGCAACUACAAGUUCUUUACAAAGCCAGAGGAAGACAACUUGAAGAAUUAAACACAAAGCUGGAAGAAAGUGAGCGGCAACUAAGAUACCUCAAUCAUCAGCUUGCAAUAGUAAAAGAUGAGAAAGAUGGGUUAGCUAUCACCCUUCAAGAAUCAAAGCUGUUACUUCAGAAUUCCAAGGAGGUGGAGCUUCAGCUACGAGGUCAGAUGGCUGCUCUGGAGAGAACAGUUGAUGGUUUAACAUCAAAUGAUGAGCAGUUAAGAAAGGAAUUAAAAGUUUCUAAACUUGCAAUGGACAGUAUGCAGCAGCAGGUAAUGGACUUGCGCCGUUCUGAUUCGAUCCACAGAGCUAGGGAACAACAUGAAGCAGUUGUAUCCAUGCUUAAACAGAAGAAUGAGGAGCAAGUGCUGUCACUACAACAGAAGCUGGAUGAGGUUAAUGCAGCUCUGCAGCAGCAGAAGGAGAUGUGCAGUCAGCUGGAGGAACGAGUGAAACAAGGCGAGCGAAAGCAAGAAGAGAGGAAACUGGAGAAAACAGAAGUUAUAAACCGCCUGUCUAGGAGCCUGGAAGAAAGUCAGAAACAAUGUGCCAAUCUCUUACACGCAGACUCCAUACAAGAAACCACAAAGUUACGGUUGCAGCUUCAACAUCUUCAGUCUUCAAAAAUGAUUAGUGAUGGCAUGAAUAAGGCUUUGCAGGAAGAAGUGAAUGAACUAAAGCAGCAAAUUACAAUGUAUGAAUCUGCUGCCAGAAUUGGGGUUUUCAUCAAUGGGGAAGAGCAAGAAGAACUGUCUGACUCUUACGUUGAUUUGGGAAUUAAGAAAGUAAAUUGGCAAAAGUCACGAUUCCACAGGACAAUCCAUUCUAAUGGUGUUAGAAAAGACCUUUCCUCAGAUGAGAUGAUUAUGGAGCUGAAAGCAGAACUUGAACGAUGUUUAAGGAGUAACAAAACAAAACGGCAGCAGGUUGUUCAGCUGCAGUCUGAUUUGAGAACUUCUCAUUCAAAAACUGAGGAACUAAAUAAACUACUUGAAAGUGCAGAAAAAGAAGUUAAAGACGGCAAGGCCAGGGCAGGGAGCUUUGAGAAAAUAUCAGAUUCGUCCUCUCCAUACAGGCCCAUGGCAGCUGGUGAGAAGGAGAUUCAAAGACUACAAGAUGAAAAGCAGCAGCUGCAGCAAGAAGUGGAGAAGCAUUUAUUGUGUAUUAAAGAACUUGCUACAAAUGAGGAGAAAUUGAAGGCCGCAAACCAGCAACUUUGCAGUGAAAUGAGAAAAAUGCUGGAAGACUUCGAUAACGAUAAGAAGGAAUCUAUAGAGAGGUGUGAGCGCACUUAUGAACAGCAUCAUGAUGACAUUAGGAAACAUUUAAUAAAGGAGUUAAGUGAGAAUUGUGAAGCAGAAAAGGAACAGUUGUGCCAGGCUUAUGAGAAGAAAGUUGCCCAGUUACAAUGCCAGAUGAAUGAAAUGACUAAUGAGAUGACUACAGUGCAAGAGUGCUAUAUAGCAGUGUGUAAAGAGAAGGAUACUCUGGAAGAUAAUGUCAGAGACAGCGUGAGAAAAGAAUUCCAACUAAAUGAAGAGAAGUUGAGAGAGAACUUACUGCAAGACAAUGAUAAGUCUUCACAAGCUCUAAAAAUGCAGCUAGAUGGCAUACACCAGUCAUCUAUGUCUGAGGCAAAAGCUCUGUGGCAGAGAGAAAAGGAGGAGAUGACAAAACAAUUUGAACUUCAGUUGGCAUUGGCAAAAGACUGCUGGACAAACGAACAUCAACAGAAAACAGAAAUAAAAAUUCAAGAUCUAGAGAAGGAGUGGAGGCAUAAACUAGAUACAGCGUUAAGAGGUAACAAAGUAAAACCAGUGCAGUGUUUAGAAGACCAUGCUAUUCAGACAGAACCAACUUUAUUUGCGCAAACUGCAUUGGAAAAAGAGCGGCUGGAUGAAUUAAAAGUUGAAUUACAGAAUGCUGAGCAAGAUAAGAAGAAAGCAGUGCGUGAGGCUCGAAUGCAACUUGAAAUACAACACAGGCAAGAUUUUUCUAAUCAGGUGGAAUUGGCCGUAACAAACGCUCACGCGCGGUGGUUGAAAGAGCUUACCUCUUUAUCGGAAUACAAAGCCAAUUUGCGCCUUGAGAAAGAGAAAUGGGAAAAGCUCAAUGAUGUUAACGUAAAAAAGCAGAUCUCAGAUGCUGUGGUUGCUGCUGAAGAAAAGUGGAAGCGAGGAUCUGAAAAUUUGGAUUAUAACCACAUACAAAAAGAGUAUGAAGAGCAGAUUGCCUCCUUGAAAAGAAAACUUUACCAAAAGAAUGAAGAGUUUGAGGCUCAGAUGAAAGUUGAACUUGGUAAAGCACGUAGUCAGUGGAACAAAGAAAAGCAAGAGGAAGUCCAGCGUAUUCAGGCGCAAAAUGAGGAGGAUUAUCGGAUGUUUUUGGAGGAACAUAAAACCAAAAUCUGUGAAGUUCUCUCUGCAACAAAAGUUGAUUUUGAAAAACAUAAAAAUGAAUUGAUUGCUCAAAAGGAGGCAGAAAUGACAGAGCAAUAUAACCAGAUCCUUAAACAACGGACCUCGGAAGAAUCUAGGAGAAUGCAUGAUCAUGAUACUGAGAUUCUAUCUGAAAUAGAGCGUCUUAUGUCUGAAAUUCAUGAUGAAUUGGUUGAAAAAAGUGUUCUGGAAAAUCGCUUAUCAUUUGUAUCAAGAAAUUUAGAUGUGAAAUUUCUGGAGAAACUAAGAUCUUGCUUACAGAAGUCCAUAAAGGGAAUUGCUUAUAAAAUAAUUUCAAAUGCUAAACAGGAAUGGAAGCAGAAAUAUGAUGAUAAUCAGACAAGUCUUAGUUUUAAAGACUCUUCAAGUGGGCAGAAAAAUCUGGAAAAGAUUAAUUCCGAGAAACUGCCAAAUGGUACUGUGCACACUAUGGAUGCCCAAAUGAAAAAGAAAAAUGACAGCCCUGUGUUUUGUUGCUGUGAGCAAUGUCUGCAGCAACUUGAGAAGUCAAACAAAGAGCGUCAGGAACUGCGAAACAAACUGGAUAAAGCAUGUCGGCAUCUUCAGCAGGCAGUGAAAGAUCAAAAGCUCAAAGCAGAGCAGUUCAGAGAGAAUGAAACCAUUAUACAAUCCCUAAGGAAAGAAAACACUGAACUGAACAAAAAGCUUGAUAAAGUACCAAGUACCAAAAUAGUAGAAAGCUUUCAGCCAGAAGAGGGUUCUGAGAAGGGCUGUAGUCUGUGCAGAGGAAAGGCAUUAGAAGAGAUGCGUGCUCAGUAUAUUAAAGCUGUGGACAAAAUAAAAAAUGACAUGUUUCAUUACAUCCACGAAAGUAAAGCAAGAGCAGCUGAAAUGUUGAAAUCUGAAGUUUUAAGAGAGCGGCAAGAAACUGCUCGGAAAAUGCGGAAAUAUUACUUGACCUGUCUACAGCAAUUACUAAAGGAUGAUGGAAAGAAUGAUGGAGCUGAAAAGAAAAUAAUGAAUGCUGCAAGCAAACUUGCAACUAUGGCAAAAGUUUUGGAAACCCCUAUCUCACAAAAAUCUCAGAACAAGAACUUGCAAGCGGCAUCAAAAGUGACUACAGAUGAAAAGGACACAAAUAAAUCAAUGAAGAAUAAUCAAACCCGUGCAAGUGACAGAGCUACAGAUCCAAACACAGAGCAGAAGACACUUGAUGAGCUCAUCAGGAAGCAUAUGAAAGAGAAACUUGAUCGCAAUUUUAAUAAGGAUGAAGAUGUCCCUGUCCUUAAACACAGUGCAUCAAAGCAUCUGAGAAUGGACUGCGCCGAACAUAGGCCUGAACUUGCAGGUCGGUCUAGGUGUUCACUUCCAGAGGCCCGUUCAUUCAGUUGUGCAGACUCUACUACAGAGUCUAUUCAGGUAACAUUUGGGAACCAAGGUGAGCCAUCUUUUUUACAUGGCCUAAAAGAUUAUGAGCAUCCAAAGACCAGAUCAGACAGACAAAUGUUUGAGCUCCAGGAAACUCCUGUGCGGGAUGAAAAUGGAAGUAAUGACUGGAGUUGUGCUAGUGGCAAAAGUCUCAAUCCAACACAGGCUGUACAAAUCUCUUUAACCAGCAUGAAAGCGCAAUCUCACAUUCCGAAUGCUCCAGGGAAUUUAUUAGCAACAGGUUUAUUCUCUUUUGUUGAGGGUGGUCAUGAUACAUUUGGCAGCAAAUAUGAAGGUCAGAAUCACUUGGCACACAUUGCAAAAAGAAGAGAUCAAACUUUUGGUGCACAGCUUUCUAGUAAAAUCACAAGCCACCCGCCUACAGCUGUUGAGUUGAAGCCAUUCUCUGAUGUAGGUCGAGGUAGCCAACUACCUUCACGGAAAUUAUUGCUGGAUUUUACAUCCCCACAGCAAGACAGUGGUUUUGACAGUCCAUUGCCUAAUUGAAACAGCUUUAACUCCUAAACAGAACUGUAAGAUUCUCUAAGAUUUUUACAGUUCUAUUUAUAGCCAUACAAAUGAAAUUACGCUUGUGUUACAGAAUACAUUUUUAGUAUUUAUUUUUAUGUACCAUGUAUAUAGUCCUUUGUUUUUAUACUUGUUUAUGUAUAUGUUGUUUGUGUGAAGAUUUAUUUUUUUAUUUAGGUCUCUUUUAUAAUUAUUAAAAAUAAAGAUCAAGUUUUCUUUCUUUAUUUUAA